AUGCACCCACCAUAUCCCAUAAUCAGGCCACGGAGCCUGCGGGUUUUGGCUCCGGUGCAAACCUCAAUGGAUUUGGACUGGGCUUUUAAUAAGUCAAUUGAAGAGUCCAAACAAUUGUGGAGACUGGGGUGUUUCGAUAGUAAGGAAGUUAUGACGUUGGAACAAUCUAGAACCCCAUUUCCGUUCCUACAAAAGAAGGCGAUCCACGAAUUUGCCCACCUCCUUCGGCAUCCGGACCCAAAUACAGUCCCUAUUGUCCAGCAUUUCGCGGUCACUAGCUCCACACAUAGAUCGCCAAUCUACACUUUGCCUCUCGAAAUUACCAACAUGAUUCUUUCAUACCUUUGCGACUUUAAUACUCUCAACUUGGCGCUCGCUAGUCGUCAAAUGUUCAAUAUGUGUAGUUUUCGCCUUCAAAAGAUGAUUAAUCACCGAACAUCUGGUGGUUGGAUCGGUAAAAGACUUGCUGCCGUCGGCGAGAAAGCGUAUACACCCGGAUUUCUCAGUUACGAGCCCAUGAUACAAGGGUAUAGUACUGGCAUGAUCGUGCCAUCUCGGGAAUCUGGAACGAAUAAUAUUCUGGAUUCAUUGUUUGCGGGAUUCAGUACUAGACAAUUAGCGACAGGGAAACAAAUCCUAGAGACUGAGGACGAAGAUCUGGGAAUACAACCCGAAAUCAGAUACGAACGAAGGAAAAGGCUCGCAGGCAUUGUGGCUUGUGGAAGGUACCCUGAAUCCAUUAAUGAGAUUGUGAGGUUCCUUCUUGCCGGAAGCACCAAGACCUCAGGUGACACAACGCCAGUCGGUAGAAGAUCAUAUUUCAUCCGCAAUUUAAAAAAGAGGCACUACAUUCACACAAUCAAAGGAGAAGCCUUCAAAAGAUAUCUCAGAAAAGUCGCAAGUCACAAAAGAACUCUUGAAGGCACCGACCUCGGAAGGUUUACCGCGGAAGAAGCAGCUCUUUGUGCUUUCACUAUGGAAAUUAUGUGGGGAGGGAGUUCGAAAGAAGGGGAAUGGGCAGCUACGGACUGUUUCGAUAUUGUGGAAGAAGGGAAAUGGGAUUUGGCACGUGCGAGGCAAGAAGGCUGGGAGGAUGUUAGUGAUGAUGUGGUAGAAGGGGCUAUUGGGGCCGUUCAAGGAGUCUAUUAA